CGAACGAGCCUUUUAAAAUGUCUUUUAAAACGAGAGCCGAGAGCUCGAUAACAAUUUUUUGACGCAGCGUCGAAUGAUUAUUUACAUACAAUUUGUGAAUAAUCUCUCCUCUGUUUAUAUAUGGAUUGAUUGUAUAUCGUAAAAAUAAGCGUGCGAUGUAACACGUUGUUCGAAGAGGGGAAUUUAGAGAAAGGGAAAUACACACAUUCAAAAUGGAGCUCAGAUGUGCAGUUCAAACAUAUAGUUGGGGAAAACUUGGUAUGAACAGUAUUGUUGCAAAUCUGGUAAAAUCAGUCAAUGAUGAUUUUACUGUGAAUGAGCAGGAAAAUUAUGCAGAAUUAUGGAUGGGCACUCACGAGAAUGGUCCAUCAUAUCUCAAGGACACAGAUGUUCCUCUACAGAAGUACAUUGAGGAAAAUGCAGAAGUGUUAGGCUGCGACGUAGUGCGACAAUUUGGUUCCAACUUACCUUUUCUCUUUAAAAUCUUGUCCAUAAAUAAACCUUUGUCCAUUCAAGUGCAUCCAAAUAGGGAACAAGCGAUAGAACUGCACAAAUUAUAUCCGGACGUUUACAAAGAUCCGAAUCACAAGCCGGAAUUAGCGAUAGCUUUGAGCGAUGACAAGCAACUUUUCGAAGCGCUGUGCGGAUUCUGUCCAAUCAAUGAGAUAAAAGAUUAUCUGAAUAACGUACCGGAGUUACUCGCUAUUAUAGGAGAAACUAAUGUCCGUCACUUAACUGAGGCAGACGAUUCUACGACUGAUGCCGCUUUGCGACAGUGUCUUCACAAUCUUAUGACUUGCGAUCCUAAUGAAGUAGCACGGCAAUUAAGAAGCUUGAUAGAUAGAUCAUAUGAGAAAGACGAUAAUUAUAAGCAAUGGAUAAAAGCUGACCUAUUACAGCGUUUGUACAAAGAUUAUCCUGGCGAUGUAGGGUGUUUUGCGAUAUAUCUUUUUAAUUACGUAACGAUGCAGCCAGGUGAAGCCUUGUACAUUGGAGCAAACGUACCUCAUGCAUAUCUCUCUGGCAAUUGCGUAGAGUGCAUGGCAUGUUCGGAUAACGUGAUUAGAGCUGGACUUACACCAAAACCGAAAGAUGUCGAAACAUUGAUCAAAGUACUUUCGUUAGAAUCGUCCGUCCAAAAGAUUCAACCCUUACAGGAAGAUAUGUUCACCCAAGUUUUUUAUCCGCCAGUUUCGGAAUUUGCAGUUGCCAAGAUCAAUGUACCAAAAAAACGACCAUUUCAUACUUUAAAACCAAGAAUUUCUGCCAGUAUUCUUUUAAUAGUCGAGGGUAAAGCAAAAAUAUCUUCUAAGAUUUUUGCCCAUGGUUCCGUUUUGUUCAUUCCCGCCAAUGAUGUAUUGAAAGUAGAAGUUGCAUCUUCUAACUCUGUGCUGAUGUUUCAAGCAUUUGCAAAUAUCUAAAGACGCAGAAUUUACAAUCAAUAUUGAUAAUGUUUGUAAAGUACAAAUAAUAUAGCUAAUCUUUUAUAAAGCGAUUGUUAUAUGUAUAUAAAACUUUUUGUAUGUAUAAUGAUGUUGAGUUUUUCAAUUAUUAAUAUAUACGACUUUUUUCGGGAAUAUAUGAAGAACAUUAUCUUGAGGAGCAUAAUUCUAAACUUUUUAUCAUUCAAAGAAUUUUUUAUACAGUAAAUGUAUCAUAAGGGACAUGAUUCGAUAAAGUUUAUAAAGAUAAUAAAUAUGUACAUAUGUAUAAA